CGACAAAUCUGUGCAUACAUUUCUUAAAUAAUGUGUAAUAGAACUGUUUUUGUUCAGGUGCGCAAACAAAAUAGCUGAAAAUAGGUGUGGUUCAGUAAAUUUUGGUACUGAAUAAUGGUUGCACUAAAGGGUUGGCGCGAAUUGCAGCGAGCCCUUGGACUUAAAUCUUCACGUAAAUCAAAGACACAGAGUUCCGAUAGGCAUAGUUUAAGUAGCUUUAGAAAGCGGUUUAGUGAAAGUACUGUCGUGGCCCUUAAGGGUGUUGACAACGAAGUUCGUAGUAUAGUCUCAGUCCCAUCGGCAUCAUGUACCGAGAAUGAGCUAACCGAAAGUGAGCUAUUCGAGGAUAAAAUACCUUUUGAAAGUAUACAAGGCAAUCAUGUGGAUUCUAAUUUUAAUGGCAGGCCGCGCAGUGCUCUGGUGAGUUCUAGCUCAGAUGGUACCACAGAGCAGGAAAUGAUAAGCGAUAGAGAGGGGCUGCGGGUAUUUAGAAUAACCACAAGGUCUUCUGAACGUCGAAAAUCACAUAAAGCUCGCCCCCAGUUAUUAAAACCAAGUAAAAGUACUCCAGUUCACAAGUUGAAUGACCUCGAUUCACCCAUAGCCGCAGAGAGGCGAACGCCUACAACUCGCUUACAAAUCCUAAAAGCCCCUACAGAUCGUACCGACCAUCGUACACACAGUAAAAGCCCUCGCACAGAGCAUCUCAAUAUAGAUUCGUAUCCCGGCAGAGUACCAAUAGGUGGUGGUGGGAGUACCGGCUCGCGUAUUUAUGAACACGCCAGUGUGACUGGCUCAGGGAAGUUGAAAAGCGAUCCAGGCCACAGGAAUAAUGAGAGAGAUGCGAUGAUCAAAGAAGCGUAUUUAAAGAUUUCAAAAAGCACGCCGACAGGCCAACCUUCGCCUCUAUCUGCACAUAGGAGCGAUUUUCAAGCUGCUGACAGAUUCUUCCCGGCAACGCCGUCUCCACUUAUGGACAGGCGGCGUCCGAAUCCAGAACGAGCUACAGUAAAUACAGUUCAGCCAAAUUCAGCUACAUAUAGUAAUGUGAAACCACUCUCGUCGGCUCUGUUACGGUCCUCUACAGGCCCGAUAGAGACUUACAGUGGUCCACAAGAUGUAGAACUAACCUCGCAUCGUGGUAGAUCAUUGAGUGCGGGUGCUGUUGGUGGUCUGUCUACGACUCCAACCUACAAGUCUCCACUGAGAGGAGGUGAUAUGAAAACUCUGAUACUGGCCCCCUCACCAAGACAAGUUCAAAAGGGAUCGAAAAUGUCGGAACUCCGCGGCCUUGCGCUAAAUCAGAAUCAAAAUCAAAACCAGAACCAAUUGAGACAUCGUCACUCAACAGGAAAUAGGGCAGGAAUGACACCUGAACGCCCAUCCAGACUAGGGGUAAAUGCAAGGUAUGGGUACGGACAUGGCGACGGGCGUGUUGCGUCCCCAGUCGAGCAUUUGCGACGUGGUGUACAGGUAGACAUGAUCGGAACAAGCCCAUCUGCUCCGGCGAUGUUGUCCACUAGGACACAGAACCGGCCACCACCGCUCCAUCGAAGUGCGAGCAGCGGCAGAGUAUCGGAUUUACCGUGGAAGAGGGCGGGACUAGUGAAUGGACAGCAUUCGCAAUCGAGUGAUGGGCUCAUAGGCUCAGGUACACCUAACAACCGCGUACGAUGGAACCCUCAUACUGAUAUAGCACCUACGUAUGGCAGAGACAUAUAUGGCCGCGAAGUAAUGGAAUUGGGUGAUCAGUCACCGGAUAUAUACUAUGAGCUUAUGGCGUACAAAAUUGACGAAAUGAUGGUACACAGAGAUUCGACGCAAAAUACUAAUUGACAUCUAAAUAAUGUAACUGGAGCCCGUAGAGCGAAUCUGGUAUCUAUUAUCACUGAAAUGCUCCAAAUGUCGAGAACGUCACCAAUAUAGAUAAGCUGAUGUUGGAUAAUAUGUCUGGGUACUUGACAACAAAGGCUGACUACUUACAUCUAUACCAGUAUGGACUAUAUAAUGGAAUAAAGUCUAUACACUGAUAAUGAUGAUAAUGUUGUUUCUGACAAGAGUACGUUAGCAUUCGG